AUGUCGCACGCAUCGAGCACACAGCGAGUCAAGACCGGUGAGGAAUUGACACCUACACGUCCCGACAGGACCAUAGGGUCUCGAUUGAAGGCCGUCAUUGGCAAGCGAACUUACCUCCCGGCUAAUCCAAUUCCACAUUACCUCCAGAGUUCAAAGGUCGACGUACAUCUGCAGCACUUUCAGCAGCUCUAUUACCGUCAUCUCAGCGAAGUAUCUAGCAAAGACUCUUUGCAGAACGCUGUAUGGAUAACGGGCUCUGGUGGCGCGAUCCAGCCAGAGACCAGCUCGAACACGGUUGCAGAUGACUUGGACAGUGUACAACAGAAGCUCAUCGACUCCGUGUCCUUUUCAUCGACCGUAUGCGGAAUCAACGCGGGUAUGAUCUCAAUUCCGAUGCCAUGGAGCCUUCACUUUCGAUCCACCAAGGCCAUAAAACCUGCCAUCACUGUCGAGGAACUCUUACUUAAGAUGAUCAGGACGUAUUGGGAAGACGCCGAUGCUCCGAUACGGAGAUCUUUGGAUGAGAUGCGCCAUCCGAAACCGCUCCAGUGGCAACCUCGCUUCCCUUCGCAAUCGCUUGCCGUGACCAGAGCGUUGGAUUUUGAAUGCCGCUGGCUACACCAAGCUCCACCGCUGGGGCGGGUACUCGGAUCGCACGACUUGAGCGCAUUCAUCGCGGAGCCGUUCGCAGUGCGGCCUGUAUUGAAUACUAACGGUACCUAUCAGGACAUCAUCGCAAGGCGCUAUCCAUCCACUUCCCAAAUUCAGUACCUCCUGCAUACCCAAGAGUGCCACAUGUCAUGCGCUCAGGCUUGCAAGAAAAACGCAGCCAAAGCGCGCAGCCUCUUCGGCGACAUCGAACUGCCAGCGAGUCAGUACAUGUACACCAUUAGGGAUCAUCUUCAUGCCUUGGCUGUUGACAUUGAAUAUCUCGCCGACACGCUGGAGAGCGACAUAGCUCAGAUCGACCAGGUCAAACAGCUCGCGAUCGAUCAGAUGGAUUUUUUUGACAAGCGCCGGAACAGGGUUAUCGGAGUGCUCAUCGCAGUGUACGUGCCGCUGGCAUUCGCAACCUCGUUCUUUUCGAUGAGCAUCGAGGACAACUCGACACAGUCUUACUGGACAAAUAGUACAGCACGAAACGAGGAGUGGACCGCGAACAAUUAUACUUCCGGCCAAUACCCGCUAUUGCCCGAUCGAGUAGAACGUUUUGAUCCAAAGUACGAAGGAAGCAUUAUCCUACCUAUCGUUGGCGGUCGCAUCCUCCGCUUCGUCGCUUGGCUCUCGUUCAGUUAUCGAAGAUCGUCCAGAGCGGCCGCUUCUCUGGUUUGGAUGUUUAUUUGGGUCUUUGUGCCGCUCUACGAUGCCGAUAUCAUUCAGGGAACCUGGGAUCACCACUACUACGUAGGAUACAUUUCGAUACUCGGCUGGUUCUUGAUCGGGCUGAGUUUCCUUCUUGCUGUUUGGUCGAUCCGUGUCACAUUCGCAAUGCGGAAGUUCUGGUCAUGUGCGAGCCGGGUGGUUUUUACGGGAAUUCUUCUCAUUCAUGCUCUACGACCUCUGUUCACGCCAUACGAAAUGGCGUUCGAUAGACCAGCCGAUGGCGAGGGAAGAACGUGCUCAGCCCACGAGAGAGAUGACCAGCAGAUCUUGCAUAUGAUUCUUGAAGUCGUCGACACCUAUUCUUCGACGCAACACAAGAGUUUCCGCGCCAGACUUUGGCUUUUGGCAUGUGUCGGCAACAGCCACAUCUACAGCGAUCGAGCCAAGUGGUGA